ACGAGCACAACUUGUGGCAUUUCGAGUGACAGCGGAAGAAGACAGACUUGGCUCGACCAAUUGUGGACAGGAUUCUCUGGACUAUUGUGGGGAAAUCAGGAUGAGGUGGAGAGGCAAGAAGCCCGUGUCGUCGGUGGAUCCGAGAUCCCCAUUGCGGAGGCCCCCUUCAUGGUCUACGUGGAAUCUGAAAUUAUUAAUAACAAGUUCAAUUGCAGUGGCGUGAUCAUCAGCAAUCAGUACAUUCUCACGGCCGCCAGAUGCGUAAGAAUAAUCUAUACAUACGGCUACAACACCACUGUGAUCCUCAAUGCUACUCUCGUGACAGUUUGGGUGGGGAGUGCGACCAACAAGGGAGGCACCUCCAUCGUUGCGGAUUCUUGGAAAACCAAUACUAAAUUCGAAACAGUGACGAAUUGGGAACCCAUAGCCUUGAUCCACUUGCCCACACCUCUGACCUUCAGUGAGAGCAUCCAGCCGAUCUGCUAUCCAACGACUGACGAUCUACAUGCUGUAUCCGGAUGCAGCAAGAAUGAGUACGGCUGGGGAGCCACCGACUGGACCGGUAAUGUCUUCAGUCCCAAAUUGAAGAAGCUGUCCGAUAUCACCAUCCAAACCGAGAACACUUGUCGAGUCACCGACGACAUGAGAUUCUUUUGCGUCACAGCGAAUGCCAACAACACGGGAGCCUGCUUCCACGGAGACUUUGGUGGACCCUUUGUGGUGCGGUAUGGUGGUCGAGCCUUUGUGAUUGGGGUCUUCUCAGGCUCCGUAGAUUUGUACUGUGGAUCGGGUGGACCCGCCAUCUACAUGAGAGCCUCCAACUUUGCUGAUUGGGUCAAGUCUGUCGUCAAGCCGUGA